UGGGAGAUCAGGAAAAAGCAGUGGACAAAGUGUGCGGAGUGAAAAGAGGAAAAUCUAGCUUGGGGAUUGAACGCAGCGGGGCAUGUGGAUAUUGGCAUUUCUCUUUCUCCAGAGCAUCCUGAAUGUUUUCGGUGAAGAUCUACGUUCCAGCUUAUAUUUUGUCAAUGCAUCUCUGCAAGAGGUAGUGUUCUCCAGCACCACAGGGGCACUGGUGCCGUGUCCUGCCGCGGCCGUGCCCCCCGCCACGCUGCGCUGGUACCUCGCCACCGGGGAGGAGAUCUACGAUGUCCCAGGCAUCCGCCAUGUGCACCCCAAUGGCACGCUGCAGAUCUACGGCUUCCUGCCAUCCAGCUUUAGUAACCUAAUCAAUGACAAUACAUACUACUGCACAGCGGAAAACCCAUCAGGAAAGAUCAGGAGUCAAGAUCUACACAUCAAGGCCGUAUUCCGGGAGCCAUACACAGUGCGGGUGGCUGAUCAGAGAGUCAUGCGAGGGAAUACGGCGGUCUUCAAGUGCAUUAUCCCGGCCUCAGUAGAGGAGUACGUCAGUGUUGUAUCAUGGGAGAAAGACACAGUCUCACUUGUCUCAGGACCAAGAUAUCUUAUUACAUCCAUGGGGGCCUUGUAUAUUCAGGAUGUGCAGUCAGAGGACGCGGUGAAUAUUUAUCGCUGUACCACGCGGCACCGAUACACAGGGGAGACCAGACAGAGCAACAGUGCCCGACUGCUUUUAUCAGAACCUGUGGACUCUGCUCCAGUGAUUCUGGAUGGGUUUGAACGGAGGGAGGUUAUGGUGGGUCAUCGGGUGGAGCUCCCAUGUAAAGCGUCCGGUCACCCCACGCCCAGGUAUCGCUGGCUGAGGGACAACAGCCCCUUAGAAUCAGACAGCCGGUACCACCAGAGUGUAUCGGGCCUUCUCAUCGAGGCCACACGACCCAGUGAUGCAGGCAGUUAUGUGUGUGAGGUGUGGAACAGCUUCGGGAAUGCCAAAGUGGUUGGCCGGCUGGUGGUGAAACAGCCUCUGAAAGCAGUGGUGAGUCCACGGAAGGUGAGAGGCAGCGUGGGUAGCCAAGUGUCGCUGUUCUGCAGUGUGACUGGCUCUGACGAGUAUGAAAUCACCUGGUACAGGAAUGGUGAGAAGAUCUAUCAGGGUAUAAAUGUACGUAUAACGGGCAUCAACAACGAGAACCUGGUGAUGGAGGGAAUGGCCAAGAGUGAUGGAGGAGCGUAUCAGUGCUUUGCUCGAAAUGGCAAGAUGUCCACCCAAGACUUAGUUCAGGUCGUCUUGGAAGACGGGACGCCAAAGAUCCUCUCUGCCUUCAGCGAGAAGGUGGUGAGCCCGAAUGAGCCCAUAUCACUGGUGUGUCACGUGAAAGGAACCCCCCUCCCCACCGUCACCUGGACGUUAGAUGACGACCCCGUCAUCAAAGACAGCAACCACCGCAUGGAUCGCAUCAUUACCACGGAAGGCCACGUGCUCAGCUACCUGAAUGUGUCUCACACACAGGUCACUGAUGGGGGCGUCUAUCGCUGCACCUGCAACAACUCGGCUGGAUCGGUCUCCUACCAGGCUCGAAUAAACGUAAGAGGUCCUGCCAGUAUUCGACCAAUGAAAAAUGUCACUGCCAUCGCUGGAAGGGACACGUACAUUCACUGUCGCAUCAUUGGUUACCCGUACUACUCUAUUAAGUGGUAUAAGGAUUCCAACCUGCUCCCGUUUAACCAUCGCCAACGUGCCUUUGAGAACAACGGCACACUGAAGCUGUCCAAUGUGCAAAACUCGGACGAGGGGGAGUACACAUGCUACGUGUUGGUGGAUCCAGAGAAACAAAUUCACAGGAGCGUCCAUGUGACAGUGAAAGUGCCCCCUCUGAUCCAACACUCCGACUCUCAGAGCGCUUCCAUCGGUCAGCGUGUCUUCAUCCCCUGCGUGGUCAUAUCCGGCGACCUGCCGAUGUCUAUAACCUGGCACAAAGAUGGACGACCAAUCAAUGCCAGCCUGGGUGUCACCAUAGACAACAUAGACUUUACCAGCUCAUUGCGCAUUUCAAACCUGUCGGAAAUUCAUAACGGCAGUUACACCUGUAUUGCCCGUAAUGAGGCUGCUGCCGUCGAGCAUAGUAUACAGCUCAUCGUUAAAGUUCCGCCACAUUUUGAGGUACAGCCAAGAGACCAGGAUGGCAUCUAUGGGAAAUCAGUGAUCCUGAAUUGUUCGGCAAAGGGAAACCCAAUCCCCACUAUAGUAUGGAACCACUCAAAAGGUGCUGGCGUACCUCAGUUCCAGCCCAUCGCCUUGAAUUCUGGCUCACGUAUCCAGCUCCUAGAGAAGGGUUCUCUGCUCAUAAAACACGUCCUGGAGGAAGAUGCUGGAUUUUAUCUGUGCAAGGUCAGCAAUGACGUGGGAGCCGAUAUCAGCAAGAGCAUGUACCUCACCGUUAAAAUUCCUGCCAUGAUCACGUCUUACCCCAACACCACACGAGCAGAACAGGGUCACAUGACUGAGAUGAGCUGCACUGCUCACGGUGAAAAGCCCAUCAAGGUUCGCUGGGAGAAGGAAUCUCAUAUCAUCAACCCAGACAUGAGCCGCUAUGUGGUUACUGUGAAGGAAGUGGGAGAUGAGGUCAUAUCCACCCUGCAGAUCUUGCAUACCGUCAGAGAAGACUCUGGCUUUUUCUCUUGCAUUGCUAUUAACUCUUAUGGUGAAGAUAAAGGAAUCAUUCAAUUGAUAGUACAAGAUCGUCCUGACCCUCCCGAGGUUGAGAUCAGAGAAGUAAAGGACCGAACCAUCGCACUUCGCUGGACAAUGGGCUUUGAUGGCAACAGCCCCAUUACAGGAUAUGACAUCAACUAUAAAAACAAAUCAUCUUCAUGGGCCUCAUCUCAAAUGACCAAAGACGUCUCCCCUCAGCUGAAUCAGGCCACCAUCAUUGAACUCCACCCUGCUUCCACCUACAACAUCCGCAUGUUUGCCAAAAACCAGAUCGGCGAAAGCAGACCAAGCAAUGAGCUGACCAUCACCACAGAUGAAGCACCACCUGAUGGCGCUCCUCAAGAUGUGCAGCUGGAAGCAAUCUCAUCCCAAAGCAUCAAAGUCACAUGGAAGCCCCCCCUCAAACACUUGCAGAAUGGUCUUAUCCGAAGCUACCAAGUGUGUUAUCGGGAGUUUGGGACAGGGGGCAGCCCACAAUACAACACCAUCAAUGUAGACACCACAGGGGACAUUGAAACCCUGACCCUGGAUAACCUGAAGAAGUACACCCAGUAUGAGGUGCGGGUGCAAGCAGCCAAUCGGGCAGGCAUGGGUCCCACCUCGGAGGAAAUCACCAUCACCACGCUAGAGGACGUGCCCAGUCGCCCACCUGAGAACGUUGUGACAACAGCAACAACCCCUGAGACUAUCUCCCUGUCCUGGUCUGCUCUGCCCAAAGAAGCGCUCAACGGCAUGCUGCUUGGAUAUCGUGUCAUCUACUGGGCCAACCUACCUGAUGGAGAACUGGGAGAGAUCCGGAACAUCACAACCACCAAGCCUUCACUAGAGUUGGAACGGCUGGAGAAGUACACCAACUACAGUAUCCAGGUCCUGGCCUUCACUCGAGCUGGAGACGGAGUCCGUAGUGAGCAGAUCUACACACGCACCAAAGAGGACGUUCCUGGCCCUCCAGCUGGAGUUAAGGCAGCUGCUUCAACAAGCUCGGUGGUGUUUGUUUCCUGGCUUCCUCCACUCAAACUCAAUGGAAUCAUCCGGAAAUACACUGUCUUCUGUUCCAACCCGUACCCCACGGUGAUCAGUGAGUUUGAGGCUGCACCUGAUGUUUAUUUCCGUCGUUUGACCAACCUGAAUCAGAACUGGCAGUACAGCAUUUGGGUCGUGGCGGUCACUGCGGCGGGCCGUGGGAAUGCCAGUGAAAUUAUCACCGUAGAGCCCCAAGCUAAAGCCCCUGCACGAAUCCUGACGUUCAGUGGCACUGUGACCACCCCCUGGAUGAGGGAUAUUGUCCUUCCAUGCAAAGCAGUCGGAGACCCUCCUCCAACCAUCAAGUGGCUGAAGGGAAAUAAUGGUACACCAGCUCCGGUUUCAAUCGAUGGUCGUCGCAGCGCUCACAGCAAUGGCAGCUUUGUUAUUCGCACUGUCAAAGCAGAGGACUCUGGGUACUACAGAUGUGUUGCCAGUAACAACUGGGGUUCGGAUGAGAUCAUGCUAAACCUUCAGGUCCAAGUACCUCCGGACCAACCGCGCCUCACAGUGACCAAAACCACAACCACCUCUAUCACACUGUCCUGGAUCCCUGGAGACAAUGGAGGAAGCUCCAUCAGAGGCUACAUUUUGCAGUUCUCUGAGGAUAACAGCGAAGAGUGGGGCAGUUUCUCCAUCAGCCCCAGUGAGCGCUCUUACCGUCUGGAGAACCUGAAGUGCGGUACUUGGUACAAAUUUACUCUGACUGCACAAAAUGCAGUUGGACCUGGACGCAUCAGUGAAAUCAUUGAAGCUAAAACCCAUGGGAAAGAGCCACAGUUCGCCAAAGAUCAUGAGCUUUUCUCAAGUAUCAACUCUACCCGUGUGGAGCUCAACCUCAUUGGCUGGAACAACGGUGGCUGUCCAAUCGACUCCUUCACACUGGAAUAUCGGCCGGUGGACACUACGAAAUGGACCAUGGUGAAGCGAGAUUCUCUCACCAAGAACCACAUUCUCUACGACCUACAGGAGGCCACCUGGUACGAGCUCCAGAUGAGAGUGGGCAACAGUGCAGGAACAGCAGAGAAGAGGGUUCGGUUCGCCACUCUAAACGUGGAUGGCAGCACGAUUGCUCCAUUGCCAAAGACUGUGGACCCCAGCCAGGAGACCAGGCAGGGCAAUGAAGGACUUAAAAUGAUGGUAACAAUCAUCUGCAUUCUGGUGGCAAUUUCCAUGGUCUUCAUUGUUCUUCUGGUAUUGAGGAGGAGAAGAAGAGAGCAGAGGCUCAAGAGAUUACGAGAUGCAAAGAGCCUGGCAGAGAUGCUAAUGAGUAAAAAUGCACGAACACCAGACACUGUGAACAAACAGCAGCAGACUCUGAGAAUGCACAUCGAUAUCCCACGUGCUCAGCUACUCAUCGAGGAGAGAGACACUAUGGAGACAAUCGAUGACCGCUCCACAGUGCUGUUGACGGACAAUGACUUUGGAGAAACAUCUAAACAGAAGUCCUCAACCGUCACCCAUACAGUGCAUUACCAGUCUCUAUCUCAGGCCACUGGACCACUAGUAGAUGUGUCUGAUGCUAGACCUGGUACAAACCCCACUGCCCGCCGCACAGCUAAAGCAGGUCCUGCCACACGCAGUCGAUACGCCAGCCAGUGGACCCUGAACCGACCGCACCCUCCCGUCUCCUCACACACCCUCACUACUGACUGGAGGCUUCCCACACCCCGUGCCACGGGCUCAGUGGACAAAGAGAGUGACAGUUACAGUGUCAGUCCCUCUCAGGACACAGACCGUGCUCGCAGCAGUAUGGUGUCUACAGAAAGCGCCUCCUCCACGUACGAGGAGUUAGCCCGUGCUUACGAACAUGCUAAGAUGGAGGAACAGCUGCGACACGCUAAGUUCACGAUCACAGAAUGUUUCAUCUCAGACACAUCCUCCGAGCAGAUGACGGCCGGCACCAAUGACUACACAGACAGCCUGACGUCCAGCACACCGUCAGAGUCAGGCAUCUGCAGAUUCACAGCUUCCCCACCCAAACCACAAGACGCCAGCCGGGUCAUGAACAUGGCCGUGCCCAAAGCACACAGACCUGCAGGUGAACUGGUCCAUCUUCCCCCUUACCUACGCAUGGACUUCCUUUUGAACCGGGGAGCAGCCCCUUCAGGUCGAGAGGCCACAGGACAGACUUGUAUGGACCCGCAGAAGAGCCGAAUGGCGAAGCGGCCAGCCUUGCUGGCCCCUACACCCUCCGAGACCCCCUCGUCAGCCCUCUCUUCCUCCGGCCCCCCCAGCAGAGAGGCAGUACAACAGUGGCAGCCGGGAACUGCCUCCACACUGCCACAGCGCGAGCCGGGCGACCUGGCCCAGGCCGCCAAACUCAGCAGCUCCCAGGAAUCGCUGUUAGACUCCAGAGGACACCUGAAACAAAGCAACAACCCCUACGCAAAGUCCUACACACUUGUAUAACACAGGACUACAGCUGCGGACCACGUUGCACUGUCACGCACACACAAACACGUGAGGACCUGCUGCAAAGACGAGUGCUUUUCUGAUUCAGAGAUGAGUCCUGUACAUACAUUCUGAAUUCCUAAAGAAGUGGAUAGUUUUCUUUUCAUCUGUCUUUCUUUCUAUCUAUCUAUCUAUCUAUCUAUCUAUCUCACUCUCUCUUUCUCUCUCUGCUGUUUUUUUACACUUUCUUUCUUUGGCUCACCUUCUUCUCUUGCCCUCUUUUCUGACUAAGUUGGAUUUUUUACGUAAUCAUUCAUUUAUUUUAAAUACCACCAUUAUGAAGAUUGCCAAAAUUAUUUAUUUAAAUUGACAGAGGAACUACUUUUGAAUUUAUAUCAAGGAUAAUUCUAUAGUCAUUAUUAUUAUUAUAUAAAAAUAGAGAAAAAUUAUCAAAAAAUGGUUUAAAAAAGGCGGGGUGUGGUCAGCUCUGCAGGAAGAUGUUUCUUUCUCUAUCCAUGACUCUGUUGUUUUGAUGAAACUAUGAGGUGUGAUCGGAAUUUUUCCGAUUUGUGAUUUUUCGAAGCUGUUUGUCACAGCUUCUGUGAUCGCAGAAGACGUGGAGGAAGGACAGCGAGUCCACAUUUUCCAGUCGUCUCAGAAUGUUGUGCUUUCUAAGGACUGCAUGGGGACCUGAAAAUAAAAAAUGAAUUCCAAGAGAUUUUCUUCACACUAAGGGAUUAUAUAAUGUUAUAACAUAUGUUAUGACAUUAUAUGUUAUAAUAUACAUAUAAAUAUAAAUAUAUAUAAAUAUAAAUAUAUACAUACACAUGAAGAGAUCACUUUUAUUUGUGGAUAAUACAGGGAAAAAAAAGAUUUGGUAAAUAAAGUCCUUAGUCAUGUUUGCACACAUCUGGUUUGAUUAGAAAAUUCAAACUGUUGGGUUCUCUUGUCUUUUUUUCCACCCAUGGAGCUUUUUGUGACUGCGUAAUGGUAGUUUCAUCGGAUGAGCUGCAGAGCAUGUGUGACACAAAGAGAGAACCGUGGAAGAACUGUAAAUGUCUAUCUGCAGUUUUCUCCAGCAGCUCCUUGAAUGAAUGGUAUCUGAUUCACCUGUUUGUAGAUGGUGUGGCCUGUUUUGUGUAAGAGACGCAACAAAGAGAAGAUAUUUUAAUUGAGCAAUAUGACACUGGAUUUACUAAUAAUUUCGUAAUUCUUGGACAUCUUGAAGUACUAACAGAUAUGAAUGUAUUCAGUAAUGCAUAAUGAAAAAUAAACCCGAAGAUGAUUGACAAUAAAGAGACAAACUAAUGAUGCAGUCUCUAAACUAUAAUUGACGAACGUUUUUAAUGAUGACAGUAGACAGGCAGAAUGAUGAAAACACAUUCACAGUGCACAGAAGUGUUCUGAUAUCUAAUGCUCCACUUGAUUUGUUUUUGCCAUUCAUGUCUUCAGUUGUCAAGCCUGCCAUUCAAAUGUCAGUCUAGACGUCAGUUAGAUGCUUGCCUUAAACAUGGAAAGACCAAAUUGAUAAGUCAUGAUGCUUGUCAGGAUGACAAUAAUGUAAAAUGACUGUAUUAAAAAUGAUAUAAGGAAAACAUGCAAGUGCGUCACAGUAUCAGAAUUAGCUAAAGUCGGGAAAAUAAUGUCAUAAUGAACAAAAAUCUAGAGGGUCCAGGACAGGAAGUCAAGGGGAUGUUUUGUGACCAUCAGAUGCCCAUCCAUGAUCAUAACCAACAGAUGGCACUACAAUGUCUUUUGAAAUGUUUAUGAUAGGAGCUCUGAAUACUGUCUGUAUGAGGAGCUCUUCUGUUUGUGUGGGUUUCUCCUCAGUCAGCUGAAAACCAGCACAUGCAGUUAUUAAUGCACUCACACUAUAGCAAAUCAGUAGAAUUGACUUUUCUCUCCAGAUCUGUUUAAUAAUACUCAAGGCCUCGUGUUCAUCUGGACACCUCCAACUCAACUCCAAGAACUACAAUGAAUUCACUAAAAUAACUGAAGUGGUUACUUUUUCUUUCAUUCGGUUAAACGUGUCUAACAAUGGUCCCACUCCAGAAUGAAAAUAUAGUUAAAAACAUACAAAUGUUUUAUGCAUGGAGGACAGAAAAUGAUACCUAAGAACAUAUAAUAAAAACUAAAAUAUAAAUCUAAAAUACAAGAAAUACAUGUCUAUAGAUCAAUGAAUUUGCAUUGUUUAUCUGUUAAACAUUCUAAGUAUUUAUAUUUUUGUACAACCUCCUUCAAUUUUGUCAGAAAUCUGAAUCAACACCAUCAGACACAAAAACAAAGUUUGGUUGUGUUAACAGUGUGACUUGAUAAAUCUAUCAUUCAAACACUGAUGAGAAUACAGGCUUGCUGUGCUGACAAAAUUACACAGGCCUAUUAAAUGCAGUUGUUUUGAAUUUCUGGAGUUGCUAACCCUUUUAAAGGUUAGAGAAAAUGAUUUUUAAGUCAUUCUCAGUCAACCAUGAGAAUGGCAACUCCACCAAACAAAUUGUCCUGACCAGAGAUUGUGUAGCCGUACUGAACUCAUAGCAGAUGAAAUAUGGAAAAAUGACAUUCAGGGCUAAGGUUGGCAUCGUUAUUACCCGUUUUUCAAUGCUUUUGUGGAUAUCUGACAGUGAUGACAAUAGGGACACAGUUAAGAAACCUUAUUAAAGAUAUAUAUGUAUGUAUAUAUAUAUAUAUAUAUAUAUA